GGUUUAUUUUAUUGUAUAUUAUAUGGUGGAUGCUCAUUUUGUUUUUCUCUAAGUGUGAAAUACUUAUGGAUUAAGUUUCAAUUUAGGAUGACAUUCAUGGUAACAAUGCUUUAUUUAUUUAGAGUUAUUAUUGUAUGAGAAUGUUCUUACAGCUAUAAUAUGCUUGUUUAUGGGAAAGAGAAAUCACACAUCAAAAGAUACAUUAAUAUAUUCAUUCAUUUAUUCCUUAUAAACAUUCUCUGGAAUGAAGGGAUUACAAAUAAUGAACAUCUCAAUGUAUAUGACAUUAAGAAGGACUCUGAUUUUAUUUGUAUUUAUGAUGCAAAAGAGUUGGAAGAUUUCUAAUUUUAUGUCUGUUAUCUUCAUUACAUUAGGUGCUAUAAUUGCUGGUACAAUAUAUAGUUUAGAUUAAUUAAGGUUAGGAACAUUUAGAUGAGAACUAUUUAGGAUAUGGACUUAUUAUGUUAAAUAAUGUAUUCAAUGCUCUUGCAUUACAUAAAUCAAAAUAAUUGAAUUAUGAAAAAUAAAUAGAUCCUCUUGAAUUACUCUUCUAGAAUUCUUGUAAUUAAAUUCCAUUUCUAUUUAUUGGUGCAUAUGCAACAUAAGAAUUACAUGAAUUUAUGAGUCCACCAUAUAUGAGUGAAUAAUUCCUCAUAGCAUUCACUUUAGUUUCAUUGAUGGGAUUUAUGUUGUGUUAUUCAACCAAUUUGUGUAAUAUGUACAAUUCCCCCAUUGCUAUUGCUAUCACUCACAACAUUAAGGAUAUUAUGAUUACUUCCUACUCCUUCUUCUUUUUGAAAGAAGAGUAUGACUUUUAAAUUCUUGCUGGAAUUAUUAUAAGUUAUUUAGGAUCUAUUUUGUAUUCUAUUUAAAAAAUAAAAGAAAUAAAAUCAUUAUAUUUACCACUCUCUUAAAAUGAAAAAGACGGAAAGCAAGAUUGA